CUCACACUCUCUCUCCCCCCUCUGAUUAUUCCGUUUCUCAUCAUUUCUCUCUCUCUCUCAAGUCGCAGUUCCCUAUAUAAUCCUCUCCUCUCUUUCUUAAGACCCUCCUUGUCCUACGUUUCUAUCUCCAUCUACGUAUGCGUAGAGAAUUCUGUGUCUAUAGCAUACUCCUGUAAGUUUUGGAACUUCUUCGUUCGUUUUGUUCUUCUAGUUAGAGAUACCGGCGAUGUCAAUCGUGGUGGAGAGGGGCAAUAGUAAUACGACUGGUACUACGACUGCGACUGCGGCCUCUACCGCGGCUGCUGCCAAUCAUAUUAAUGGUAAUAGUUACGGGCUUGAUCAUCAUCUGAUCGGACGGUCUGGACUUGGUGGACAGAGAGUGACGUGUUUCUCGAUGUAUGCUAAUGGAAAUAAGCCGCCGGCACCGGAGUUAGGGGCAGCCGGCGCCGGAGUUGGAGCGGGGAGGAAGGAGGUGGAGGAAGAGGAUGAGGGUCGGAGUGGGGAGUCAUCGUCGUCGACUUCUUCGAUUGGGAGGAAUAGUGAUGAGGAGUCAUCGGCUGGACGGUCGUCGGAAGCCGGCGACGGUGAGGAGGUGCAGAGUGAGUAUAAAGGCGGAGCUUUGGAUAGUCUCGAGGCGUUAGAGGAGGUCUUGCCUAUCAAGAGGAGCAUAUCACAAUUUUAUUGUGGUAAAUCCAAGUCUUUUACCAGCCUAUCAGAUGCUGCAAAUUGUUCGUCCAUGAAAGAUAUUGUAAAGCCAGAAAAUUCUUACACCAGGAAACGCAAAAACUUGCUUGCCUGUAAUAAUUUCUGGGAUAAGAAUCGCAAUGGCAUUAGAAGAAAUAACAGCGGUGGGAUAUCAAAGAGAGCAGCAGGCUCUAGAAGUUCAUUGGCUCUUGCAGCAUCCAUGGGCUGUACCGAGAGCAACAAUAACAGCGAUAGUUCCAACUCAAAUUCACCAUCUCGUGGCAUUUGUCUUCCUCCUUUGCCACCACAAGCAAGAAGAUCACUGUACAAUGACUCAUUGUCACCUCCGGGACAGAAGUUUUCUCCUUGGAGGUCCUUCUCUUUAUCUGAUCUGCAAGGGAGGGAACUUGGGGGCUGCUAAAGGGGAGGAUUUCAGGUGUAUUUGGUUUUCUGCAUUUUGGUCCACCAUUCACGGUUGAGCUGCACAUGUUUUGAUAUCUGUCUCAAACUCCGUUCUAGUAAAACCAGUCAAAAGGGAAAGAAGAAGUUACAAUGGCUGGAAGAAACUGUUUCUAUGAUGGUAUGCAGAUGAUCUUCCUGUUAUGAAGUAGUUGAGAAAUGAUCAUGGGUUUCCAGCUUAGGAUUGUGAUAGAAGAUCUGUCUUAAACUCCGCUCUAGUAAAACCAGUCAAAAAGGAAAAAAGAAGUUACAAUGGCUGGAAGAAACUGUUUCUAUGAUGGUAUGCAGAUGAUCUUCCUGUUAUGAAGUAGUUGAGAAAUGAUCAUGGGUUUCCAGCUUAGGAUUGUGAUAGAAGGUUUUGGGCCAUGGAUCCUGAACUUUUGCCGGUUACACCCAACGAGUACGGUACUUUCCAUGCAAUGGAUAGAGCGCUUUAUUCUCUCCUUGCUGUCGAUCUCUGGCGUGAUCCUUAUGAAUCUGUGCAAAUUAUGGCCCUGUGGCUUUGGAUGGAGCGGCUAGGUUUCAAGAAUCUUGUAUUAACAAUCUUAUCUAUGCCCCCCAUGUUGAUAAAUAAAUAUGCUGACGAGGCUUUGACAUGUGUCAAAUGUGUUAAUGACCCUCAGUUUGUGCUUUCAGCUGAAGUCAAUGAAAUUCCUGCAACUUCUAGACUCGUGAAGAAGAGGAUCACUCUCCAAUAUUUUCAUGAGAAUAGGCCCAUUGUGGUGAAAGAACUUCGGAAUGUUGUAACUGAAACUUGUGCCAUGGCUUUACAGGAUGUCAUAGAGGAUGUCGUCAAGAAGCAUAAUGCAUACGAGUCUUUGGUUAACAGCUUUUCUAACUUGGGUUUUGUAGGUGAAGCAUGUGGAGACUACAGUAAUGCUAAUGGGGCAUCACAAGAGGAAAGGACCAUGUUUGUUACAUUUUCGAAGGGCUAUCCUGUUGCAGAAUCAGAAGUCACGGAGUUCUUCACUAAGCUGUUCGGGAAUUGCAUAGAGGCCUUCCACAUGCAACCAGUGAGGUCUGAUGAGCAACCAUUGUAUGCUCGAGUAGUGUUCUCUACGCCUAAAGUCAUUGACUUGAUUCUCGGUGGUGUUACCAAGGCCAAAUUCACCAUAAAUGGGAAGCAUCUCUGGAUGCGCAAAUUUGUGCCUAAACGCAAGAGCUCCUUUCCUCGGUCGCGUUGGCCAUAGAAUCUGUGGUCCUUGUCGAAUCCCCUUGUCCAACAGCUGUGGUCCUUUUGUGUCGGAAGUCUUAUAGUUGUGUCGUAAGGGGUGUCUCAAUAAAGUCUCAGUUUAAAUUUGUAAGUUGUUGUCAAUCAAGUCCAGGGAGGGACGCUUGUACACAGUUGUACUGCUGUUAAAAGCUUUCCUUGCGUGCUGCAAUACAAGUCUUAUGAAUAUUGCCAUUUUUUACUGCAGAUUAUGUAUUUACAUUGCGACUAGAUUGAUGAAAUCAAGAACAUUCAGUAGAACUAG